AUGUGGUUGAAUGGCUCCUAUGAAGCCCUGUCGGGGGGCAGUACCACUGAGGGGUUUGAGGAUUUUACGGGGGGUGUGGCCGAAAUGUACGAACUCCGGAACGCUCCGCAGGAUCUCUACACCAUCAUCAGGAAGGCGCUGGAUAGAGGAUCCCUGCUCGGCUGCUCCAUCGAUAUCACCAGUGCCUUUGACAUGGAGGCUGUGACCUUCAAGAAGCUGGUCAAAGGUCACGCCUACUCGGUAACUGGGGUCAAAGAGGUCGGUUAUCGGGGUCGGAUGGAGAGACUGAUCCGGGUUCGGAAUCCCUGGGGACAAGUGGAAUGGACCGGAGCAUGGAGCGACAAUUCCUCGGAAUGGAAUUACAUUGAUGAGGACGAGCGUGAAGGGAUGGUGCAAAUGGAAGAUGGAGAGUUCUGGAUGGCAUUCCCUGAAUUCCUGCGGCAGUUUUCUCGGCUGGAGAUCUGUAACCUGACACCGGAUACCCUGGACGAUGAGGAGAUGAAGAAGUGGAACAUGUCUGUGUUUAAUGGCUCUUGGCGUCGAGGGAGCACCGCGGGAGGCUGCCGCAACCACCCUGCUACGUUCUGGAUCAAUCCGCAGUUUAAAGUUAAGUUGGAGGAAGAGGAUGAUGAUCCUGAUGACAAUGAGCUUGCUUGCAGCUUCCUGUGUGCCCUGAUGCAGAAAGACCGUCGCAGAUACCGCCGCCACGGGCAGGACAUGCACACCAUCGGCUUCGCCAUCUACGAGGUUCCAGAAGAGUAUCAUGGCUGUCAGAACAUCCAUUUGAAGAAGGAUUUUUUCCUCACUCACAGCUCAUGUGCUCGAUCGGAAACUUUCAUUAACUUGCGUGAGGUCAGUAACCGCAUCAAGCUGCCCCCUGGGGAAUAUGUGAUCGUCCCCUCAACCUUCGACCCCAGCAAGGAAGCUGACUUUGUUCUCAGGGUCUUCACUGAGAAGCAGGCAGACUCCGAGGAGCUGGAUGACCCGAUCACAGCAGACUUGGAAGAUGAGGAGGAGAUCACUGAGGACGAUGUUGAUGAAAAUUUCAAGGCCAUGUUCCGACAGCUUGCGGGUGAUGAUAUGGAGAUCAGCGUGUUUGAACUGCGCACUAUUCUCAAUCGAGUUCUCUCCAAACACCGAGAUUUGAAAACAGAUGGGUUCAGCCUGGAUUCCUGCCGUGGAAUGGUUAAUCUCCUAGAUAAGGAUGGUAGUGGGCGCCUCGGGGUGGUGGAAUUUCAGAUCAUGUGGAAUAAGAUCCGCACAUGGCUGGGUAUUUUCAGACAGUACGACCUGGAUAAGUCUGGAACAAUGAGUUCCUAUGAAAUGCGCCUCGCCCUGGAGACAGCCGGUUUUAAAAUCAACAAUCAAAUCCACCAAGUGAUCGUGGGUCGAUACGCGGAGAAUGACGCUCUGGAUUUCGAUAAUUUCAUCUCCUGCCUUGUCAAACUGGAGGCAAUGUUGAGGUCAUUCAAAGCUCUGGAGCAGGAGGAUGGGACAAUAGAGUUGAAUCUUGCCAACUGGCUCAGUUUGACCAUGUCUGGUUAGAAAUCCAUAUGAAGACACUGAGAUUGUGAAUGCCUCCUUCCUGCUUCUGAAGCUGAACCAGCCUGUGGCCUAUCUGUAGCCUGUUUGAUAGAAUGGCCCCAGGAGACUCCGAAGGAAUCUGAUUAAACUAUGCAAACAAACGUUGGGGGGGGCGGGGGGGGGGGCAGACACUCAGAAGCUGACAAUCCUCAACUACUGCCCCAUUUCCCCUGAAAUCCCCAUUUCCAUGGUUAUUCCCUCUCCCCUGGUAAUCCCACCCCCCUCCCCCCCCCAUUCCCACCCUCCGAGUGGGAUUGGCCUGGUCUGGUCUCCAAUGAUAACCACUAAAAUUGUCCGACACGCUCACAGCUCUUCCAAACAGCCCCAGGCCCAGGCCCUGCCCAGGUCCCCAGCAGCAAGGCCAGGCUGCCUCUUCUCUCAGAUCCCGCUCUGCUGGUCCUGAGUGAGGGGUGGGGGUGUGUGUGGGCACCUCUGGGUGGGAGCGGACCUGGGGACUGUGCUUUUGCUCAUUGCUGGCUGUGAUUUCUCAGAGCUGCUCUUACACCUGGUGCUGCGCUAAUUUUACUGACUGCUCACUCCGCUGAAGCGCCUCUCGUGUAUGCUGUGUGAUUACUUUCGGCAUUGACCCUCUGGUCAGGAGCUAUGAAAGUUUAAAACUGUGCUUACAGUCUGCAGACGAUGUUAAAUUUGAGAUUAAAUCAGUAAAGGACCAAUUAAGUCAUUGCAACCUC